UUUGAUCCCCGCGAAACUUUACUUUUAACCAUUUAUUCCUCUUUAUUUGAGACUAAUACGUUUUGCGAUCACAGUCUCCCGGCACUCUCUGCCCUUACCUCCCUGACAUCAUGCCGCGGCUGGUACGCCGCCGUCCUUUGGGCGAGCGCAUCAAGUCUUAUCUGAACCCGUUGGACUUCCUGCUAUGGCUGUCGGAGGAGAUCGACGCGAAUGAUUGGGAUCAAUUUGAGAAGGACUGGGCUCUUCCGUUGGGGAUCUCGUUGAAUAUUAUCUUCAUUAUCGCGCGGGCAAACAGUCGGACAAACAGCAGCAAAGCAGUCGAUGAUGUUUUUGGCGAUGAAGGAAGCGCGCCCUGGUCAAGUUGGCUGGCUUCAUUUAUUGUCCACCUACUUGUCUGCUUCACGGCAUUCAAUGCCUUCUACACGUUCCACCGGAAACGGCACUAUCGCAUGUUCGAAUCUUCGAUUGACAAGACCCCCGCAACCCCAUCCGCGCAGCGUGUACGAGUCGACUCAACCCCCAUGAGCGCAUCGCCAAUCCGAUACUUUGCGAAUAAGUUUUCGGGAUCUGCGCAAUCGCGAGUCCACCCUGAUGCCCAGCGUGACGUGUGGGAGCUCGCGGUCUGGGACCCGCUACCGAUCUGUAUCCGUCUGUUUUGUCUAUUCAGCCCCGGACAUGCCCUUGUGUACUGGCUUUUCCUCCCAACGCAACUAUCCGACCCUCGGCCAAGUGUUACUAUCGUGACGACGAUCCUCGUCUCGACGUUGCUGUCGGUGCAGAUGUCAUUCCUUUCCACAUACUUUGCUCAACAGGCCAAGGACUCAACCCUUGUCCACAAAGAAGUCUUGAAGGAGUACGACACGAAAUACGUCCACCCGCGAACCCAACCUCUGAUGCGGGACGUUGGCACCCAGUUCAGCGAUACCGACGCUACUCGAUCUGGCUCCGAGACUAAACAUAAUAAAGUCGACACGUUCACUCCCACAUUUGUGAUCAACCGGGGCUUCAAGACUAGUCCAAACCCGAACUAUGUCAGCCAUGUUGACCCCGAAGGUCGGUCUUCCGGACGUCCAUCAUUAGCGGGCACGCCGAGUGGCCCUCCCCGCCAGACUCCGUUCCACACGCCCAGUCACCUGCGGGAUGCGUCCCCUUUGGUAAGGGGUCCGUUCUCUUCAAUACGCCAGCCGCAGUUUAGACCUUCGCCAGCGAGUACUGGGGAUGGUGGAAGCCUCGGAGUCUACUCGCACGCCAAUUCUCCGUUGAAAAAAUCUGCUUCGACAAACUUCGAGCGACGUUUACAAGGUACUUCCAGACGGCCCUCGAGUCCAUUGAAGAAGAGCAAUGUGCCCGGUCUUCCAAGUCCCAUACCGUCCAGCUCCAGGAGGAGCCACGUGGACACGCAUCGCGAGGUCGGACGGUUCUGAUUUCAACAGGGAAGCAGAAGCUCCAGGUGAAGUUUAUGCUGAAAGAAAGGAGGCGGGAACAUUUGGUAUGGAGCAUGCCGAGCUUUAUUCCACG